AUGCGCGUCUUCCUCGUGUCGGACCUCCACGCCGACUGCAGCCACAACAUGCGCUGGUGCGAGAACCUGGAGCGCGAAGCGGACAGCGCGCUCAUCGUCGCCGGCGACGUCGCGACGGAUCUCGGCGCCAUCGGCCGCUGCCUGAAGGUGCUGCUGGACCGCUACGACGUCGUGUUCUACACGCCGGGCGCGCCGCGGCGCAACCACGAGCUCUGGCGGUCCUCCGGCUUCGCCGACAGCUUCGCGAAGCUCGACGCGGUCCUCGCGCUCUGCGCGGACCUCGGCGUGCGCACGGCGCCGGAGCUGCUGCCCUGCGGCGUCUUCAUCGUGCCGCUUUUAUCGUGGCCCCACGAGGACUUCGACCGCGAGCCGCCGCUCGCGCUGCCGCCCGGCGAGACGCUGCGGCGGCCCGUCGAGCCCGCCUGCCGCUGCAUCAGCGACUACGGCGCGUGCGUCUGGCCGGGCUUCGAGAACGGGUCGCGCGCGCUCGCGGCGCGCUUCGACGCCAUGCAGGACCUCGCGCCGCUCCUGGAGCUGCGGCGGCGGGCCUACCCGACGGUGCCGCUGAUCAGCUUCUCCCACUUCCUGCCGCUCCAGUCGCUCCUGCCCGAGAAGCGGUUCCUGUUCUCGCCGAACCUCGCCAAGGCCGUCGGCAGCGACUUCCUCGAGGCCCGCGUGCGCGCGCUCGACGCGGACAUCCACUGCUUCGGCCACACGCACUUCUCCUGGGACUCGACGGAAAACGGCACGCGCUACGUGCAGCACUGCCUCGGCACGCCCGACGAGGCGAAGCGGCGCGAGGCAGCGUCCUGUGGCCGUGACGAGUUUCGAGGGAUGUCGACCGGGAAAACGAAGAGAACUCGUCACCGACAUGCUUGGUAG